CGCCACAGCACAGCGCAGCGUAGCAGCGCGUCGCGUCGCGUAGUCAGUCGCUCCUCAGCCAGCGGACCGGACGGAACACAGGCCUCGGAGCGCAAACUCUCUCCCUCCCCGCGGACAUCUCUCGGCUCGAGUCGACUCGUCGUCGCGUCGGCCCGCCGCCGGCGUCGCCCCCCUUCCCCCCCUCGCGUCGGCCGUGUCCGCCGUGUCGGCCGAGUGUGUCCGUCGCGUGCGUCGCCGUGCUGGUGCUGCCGUCGCCGUGCCGCCGCCGCGAGUGGACGCCGAUGCACGUCGCCAAGGAUUACCAUCCGUGUCCCGGACGUAGACGGCUCCGCCGCCGUCUCAGGAUGGUGCGGGUGUAGGUGUUGCCCGGGAUGGCGCUGGUCCGGCUGCUGGCGGCGCUGUCCGCCCUCGGGGUGCUGGGCGCUGCGGGCGCGGGCGGCGCGCCGCUCGACGAGGACCAGGCGCUGCGCGCGCUGCGCCGCCUGCACUGCGUGUGCUCCCCGGGGGAGUGCGAGCCGCUGGACGAGGAGCAGUGCCCCGGCGGCGCCGUGUGGGACGCGUGCCGCUGCUGCCGCGUGUGCGCGCGCGUCGAGGACGAGCCCUGCGGCGGCGUCCACGGCUUCCACGGCGCCUGCGCCCAAGGGCUGCAGUGCGUCGUCAAGGGCAGGCCCAUCCGGGAGGCGCACGAGGAGGGCAUCUGCACGAAGGUGGGCGGCUCGUGCGGCGGCGGUGUCAUGGUGACGGGCUGCAACAUCGUGGGCCCGCUGUGUGCGUGCGGCCGAGCGCCCCUGUGCCCGGCGGACAACCAGGAUGACGACGACGCCGAGGAUGACGACGAGGAGGUCGCCGGCAACGGCCUGGGUGGCGGUGGCGGCGCCAGCAGCGGCGUCCUGAGCAGGGCGGGCGCCGAGGAGGGCAGGCCCUUCGCCUUCGCCACCCGGGAGGAGUGCGACCUCAACCUGGGCGUCAUGCUGGACGGAGAGCGGCAGGCGUACGAAGAUAUCUGACCCGCUCGGCGGAGGGCUCUGGGGCUCGCCUUGCACCGCCUGCUGACGUCCAUGCUCGGGCGCGGGGGCGGAGGCUCCGCCCUGGCCGCGCGCCUCUUGGACUCGGCGGGGACGCCGACGACGCCUGCCGCCCGGGAGGACGGCGACGACCCCGCUGCUCGAGGCCGCGGGGCCCGGCGGGACGCACGGCCCGUCGUCGCCCGCUGGGAGGCGGCCUUCCUGGCGGCCGCGCUGGGCGAGCCGGUCGUCCGGGACGGUGCCGUCCGCAUCGACGCCCUUCACGACGAGGAGGCUGCUCGGAAGCGUCGUGGCCAGGCGCCCCUGACCUCACCGCCACGCUGAAGAUCGUCACUAGGACGACGUCAAGUCUUAAUACAAACUUUGUCUCUCUGGAGACGGCCUUCCAGUUUUGUUUUUCUUUGACGCUGCGCUUCACGACGCUGCCGAGUGACCUCUGCUUGAUGGGUUCGCCCUAUGGCAGCAGUAAGCGAGUGGAAAUUCAUGAAAUAAAAUAAUUGACAAUAACUCCCUUGGACAAGGAUUUGCGAACCCACAGCGACGGGGACUCUGAUGGAGUGUGCGUGUUUUGUGAGUGCAUGAUAUAUAUUUUGUUUGUGUGUGUGCGCGUUUAAGCAAGAUGAACUUGUCUUCUGGCGUGCAAUCGUCUGGACGGUUUUGUACUCCCCCAUCUGUUUGCUGGGCACCCAGGCGCUGUGCGUCACAAGUCAGAAGGAACGUGCUGUUUGAGGCGAGGGGGUCGAGAAGUCAUCGUGGAAAGAAACUUCUUUCGACGGCAUCUUUGUGACGAAGAUUCGCACACAAACCCCUUUUGGGAGAACCUCGUUCACUAGCUUUGAAGUGGUGUUUAGUUUUCAUGAUCGUUAACUGAGACGCGCUAUUGGGCGCCUAUAUAUUUGACAGCUUACUUCGACAGUAAAUAAAUUAACCAUCGUCAACCUCUACGUGAGCGAUUUUGGACUAUUCGCGGAGUUUUUAUUUAACACCACUACAUGGGCUGUUGGGAAAUUCCGAAGGACUGUGUUUAUUAAGGUCGCGACUAGUUCGUGAAAUUCCCGGGAAUUUCCUAUAACUGUGCCAUAUGCCAAUCGAUAUCAAAACUUUGUGUUUCCAUUUUAUUUUGAUUUGUCUCAUUUUCUCUAAGAAAAGAAAAAUAGAACAGAAGGAAAUCGUCGUGAGUAACUUGGAUUCAACUUGACUUUUACAAAGUGUCCCCCACCCCAUUUUCCCGGCACUUAGCUUUUCCCAUACCCCAAAAUGUUACCUGAUACAAAACAUUGAGAUUAAGACGACAACUGGGGCGUUUAUGACGGACGCUGAGCUAUCUGUUCAAAGCCCGCGACCGCCCAUCAUGGCUAGGGCAUGCAAACUUACCAUUAGGAAAAAAAGAUCUGGUGUCUACAUCUCGUAAACGGCUAGCGUACAAAAUGGUACGAACAAGAUGGGUUAAAUUUGGGGUAAGAUGUCCAGUGAUGGAUACUUGUCCCAGUGAUUGCCACUUUUCUCGAUUUUGCAGCCAAACUCGUCUCUUUACGAUAUCUUGCCACAGAAAUAAUGUUCUAGUAAGACUCCUACCGUGGUAUAACAAGCGAAUCUUCCGUGCUCCGUUGUUUACAUUCCACGAAAAAGAUGUGUCCAUGUCCAUCACUGGGCAGAUCCAACUCUUAAGGUGUCCAUCAUUGAGCAUCUUACCCUACAAAUCUGUUUGCUUUUAUGCUGGUAGUUUACACCACAUUUGGGCGUCAGACUUAGCCAAUGUGAAGUUGGCACGUUCUGGUGUUUGCUUGCAUCCAGUGAGAAAUGACGGUCAAAGCCAUAUGUCGUUACAACAUCGAAACGAUUUAAAAACUGUGGAAUAGACGUCGAAACGAUAUCGUUUCAAAAUAUAAUUUCUCACGGUGGCCCACAGUCGCGUCAUAAACGCGUCGCGCGAGUUAUGCAGCACCUUGGGAGGGAAAUGGACGAGGUGGAAAUCCACUUCAUGCAUUAUUCUACAAAAUGGAGCGAUCGAUUUCCAUUCAAAAUGGAAUGAUUCCAUAAUAAUGCGACAGUUGACUGCAUACGAAACAAGCAGAGGCCUUUAGAGCGAAGUCAUUCAGAGGAAUGAGAUCUCGUCGACUCCAAGGCUUAUUUGAAAAAACAGAAAGCCACUGAAAAACAGGAAGGAACCAUAUCAAUGCGCGACACCGUCAGAUAGUAUGGGGAGUGAAAAUAAUUACAGUUUUCUUGGUCGAGGUUCGCUCCGACCGCUCAGCUUUUCCACUUUAGUUACUACAUUUCCUGACUAGUGUGUCUCUUUCCUGCAAACCUGAUUGAUUGUGAUGGACUCUUCGGUUAUAACAUAACAUAAAAUGAAAAAUGAAAAUCUUAUUGUAAAGUGUACUUGUAUGAUAUUUGUUUUGUGUGACCUGCUCUGUUGCGUAGACCAAUAAGCAGUCGUGAUAUGUGAAUAAAUGUUUUAUUUUAACAGUUAAAACAAA